ACUCGUCACUUCAACCAUUGCUCGCGGUGGUUUGCCGAUGUUGAGACGCUGCUGCCGUUUAAUUAUCAGUCGCUUCAAUGAGUCGAUUGAUCCACGCGUGCGUCGAUUGAACGGGUUGGGGGUGAGGCGGUUAUUGGUGGACUAUCGGCGCCCAUGCAAAUCACGCGCCGGUUUCCGUUCGUAAUUAACGUAGGGACUAAAAGCUCGGUUGAAUGGGGGCGAGGGAGCGCACUGUGCAUCUGAACUCGUAUCGUAACGAGAGGCCUGUGUUUAAUAGCGUUUAGAUUGUUGAGUUAAAGUAUUUGAAGUAGGGGGGGGUUAUUUAUUUAUUAAUUUGGCGUUCACGGCGGCUCGACGCGAUGGCUUUCGUGACGAAAAAGCCCGGGCAGAAGGAGAGGUUUUCCCUUUUGAUGCUUGACUUGGGCGAGUUUUACUUUGAGCAUCAUUCUGCUUUCUACACCAGUAAGGAGGAUGGCAGAAAAGUGAAAGGUUCGUUUAAGAUUUGCUCCAAGUCCUUGGUGUUUGAGCCAGAGAGCAUUAAAGAGCCCAUAGUUAAGUUUUCCAUAAAGGACUGCACCAAGAUUGAAGAAAUUGGCUUUGUAAAUACCUUGAAUCCAUUUGAUGAACCAAAAGGAUCUGGCUGUGGUUUGGUUUGUAAGCAGGUUUUGGAAAUCAAGAAAGGAAAUGAAAUUGCACCAUACACAUCAAGCCGUGGAAGCCAAGAGUAUGAGUUUUAUUUUGAACAUGGAGACCCUGAGGAUAUAUUGCACACCAUCCAUCAGCUGCACAGAGCAUCACAGUUGGAAAAGCUUGGAGAUCAAGCCGCAAUGAUCACGGCUAUAUUGCAAUCAAGACUUGCCAGGGCUUCAUUCAACAAAACGAGGCUGGACUUUGCGGACGAGACGGCGUGCGUGGAGAGAGCGGCUGAGAUGGUGACGGCGCUGGUCACAAACCCCGGGCACGUGUGUGUGACGGAGUACCACCUCUUCUUUCAGCCACUCAACUCCUUCCCGGACCCUGUCUUGAAGAUUAAACUCAAGGAAAUACGGAGAAUCUUCAAGCGGCGACACGGGUUGAGGCCUGUGGGACUCGAGGUGUUUUGCACGGAGAAGGAUUUUUGCUCCGACAUCUACUUAAAGUUCUACCACAGCAAAGACCGGGAUGAAGUCUACUUUUACAUCGCUUCCCAGCUUGACAACCACAUAGUGGAGCACACCGCAGAGAGCUUCAUGAUGCAGUGGCAGAGAGGCCUCAUCUCCAACUACGACUACUUGCUGCACCUCAACAACCUUGCUGACCGCAGCUGCAACGACCUCUCCCAAUACCCCGUCUUCCCAUGGGUCCUCAGCGACUAUAGCAGCCAGGAACUGGACUUGAACAAUCCGGAGUUUUACAGAGACUUGAGCAAGCCCAUCGGUGCCCUGAAUCCAGAACGGCUGGAGAGAUUGCUGGAACGAUUCCGCGAUAUGCCCAUGGAGCCAAAGUUUUUGUACGGCAGCCACUACUCAUCCCCGGGCUAUGUUCUCUUCUACCUUGUACGUGUGGCGCCGGAACACAUGCUGUGUCUACAGAAUGGAAAGUUUGACAACGCAGACCGCAUGUUUAACAGCAUUGCAGACACUUGGAGAAACUGCUUGGAAGGUGUCACAGACUUCAAAGAGCUGAUUCCCGAAUUCUACGGGACUGACACAAGUUUCCUGAGGAACGUCCACAACCUGGACCUCGGCGUGCGACAGGGAGGACGGAGGAGCAACAACGUGGAGCUGCCUCCUUGGGCUAAAGAUGCGGCGGACUUCCUGGCAAAGCAGCGCGAGGCUCUGGAGAGCGCCCAUGUCUCGGAGUACCUGCACCAGUGGAUCGACCUCGUGUUCGGGUACAAGCAGCAGGGCAGCGAGGCCAUCGCGGCGCACAACCUCUUCCAUCCACUGACUUAUGAAGGAGGAAUCGACAUCGAAGGGGUCCGCGAUGCCACGGACAAAAUAGCGGUGCUGACCCAGAUCCUGGAGUUCGGACAGACUCCGCUGCAGCUCUUCAAGACGCCGCACCCACAGCGUCUCGCUCCGCGGUACCACAGCCACUCGACCCGUUCGCCCUCCACUCCCAGCAGCCGUGGUGUGCCCUGGACCACCGUAGACCAGGCGGCCGACGCAAAUCCUGAAGACUCGUGCUUUGAAGACCUGACGGAGGACAGCAAAACACUCAUUUGGAGCAACCUCGGCGAGAUGAAGAUCUCUUCACGGCACAAAUUUCACAAGGAUCCCGUGUCGGCGAUCUGCGCCACGUCCGAUGACUCUGCCGUGUUCACCACAUCUCAAGACUCGACCUUGAAAAUGUUUUCCAAAGAUUGCAUGGCUCUUCAACGCAGCGUCACCUUUUCCUUCAUGGCCCUGUCUACAUGCACAGUGCUCCCCGGAGACUCCACCGUUAUAUGUGGCUCCUGGGAUAACAACGUGUACUUCUACUCGAUAGCGUUUGGCCGCAGGCACGACACGCUGAUGGGGCAUGAUGACGCCGUGUCGCGUGUCUGCUGGCGCGCCGACGUCCUCUACACAGCCUCCUGGGACUCCACGGUCAAGAUGUGGUCAUGCCGGGCUGAAGACUUGAUGAGUCAGCGGCGGAAUAACUGUGAGCUCCUUGUAGAGCUGGAACAUGAUGCUGGGGUGUGCUGCAUGCACGUGAACGAGGCCAACACGAUGCUCGCUUCCGGAGCCAAAGACGGCCUCGUCACCAUAUGGGAUCUGGAGGCCUACGUGGUGCUGAGGCAGCUCCACGCGCACGCGGGCACCGUCAACGACAUCGCCUUCAGUCCCGAUGGGAGGCACUUGUUAAGCUGCGGGGAUGAUGGAUACCUGAAGGUUGUGGACGUACAAACCGGCACCGUCACCGCUUCGUGUUUGGCGAACACACCUCAAAGGUGUGUGCGCUGGGAUGGGCACACCGCGUUGACGGGCAGUCAGGAUGGAGAGCUCCGCGUGUGGAAUGGAACCACCCUGGAGCUAACCAACAGAAUCCCCGGACACAACGGAGCUGUCACGUGUCUUCACUUGGACGAGACGAAGGGCUCGCUGAUCAGCGGCGGAGAGGACAAACAAAUAAUCUUCUGGACUCUGCGCUAAGCAUCGUCCCACGCGUACCUCGCGACUUCCUUCGGGCGGAACCGGCCAACGUCGGAGGGAGCACAGAACGCGUGUAACCUCGCUUGGCGAUACGACGCCGCUGCGGUGAAUCCCGUGCCAACUCGGGGCCGUCCCUCGCUGUUCUGCGGUCUCCGCCCGUUCACAGUCUCCGCUCUGUCGAGGGGGCCCUUGAGCUCCAGCGCGAGGGAAGCUCCUUGGUUUCCCCUUGGCGACCGAGUGAGAGCGUGCCUGCCGGAGGCUGUGUUCUCUGCAUUGCGACAUUUGCCCACCAACUUGGAACGUGAAAAGCCCUGCCGUUGUUUACACUAAAAGGACCCCUGUCGAAUGCUGGGGGGUAAAGUGUUAGAAAGCUUUUGCCCGCGGAAUGCUGAUUUACAGGAAUGGUCUACCCUUUAAUUCCGAAGCCAGACGGGGCGCCCUGUUAUUAAUUGUUCGUAAAGUAUUUACAUUGUGAACGCGAUUCCUGUUGUUGAAUUCGCGUUUUAUCCGUAUCGACCCGCUGCAUUUGAAUUCUCCGAAGGUCCGAUAUUCAAGCCGAGACUUCACUGCACUGCGUUGUGGGGGGGUGCGAUGCACUCGCCCUUUUCCAGCGUUUGUGCAACUCUCUCCUCCGCUCGAUCCGAGACCUUCCGUACGCACGUGAGAUGGUUGUUUAGCAGAAACGAAACCCACAAAUAAUGCCUCGCCGUUAAACUUUUUUGUUCCUUCGAUUCCACGGCUGUAAUUUGCAAGAUCUCAGGGCGGGCGGGAGGGGUGGUGUCACGAUUGACGGCAGCGGACUUGCAACCCGAGGUUUGCUGGUUCAGUUCAACCUUCCCGUCACGGAUUGGCCACAAGUCGAGCGGUGGGGUAAAGCCGUGGGUACUCUCGCCCCCCCUCCUCUUCUGAGACGACGUCUUGGCCAGCGUGGAAGAGUAGGCCAAAGACGCCUUAUGUAUCAAGGGACUCUUGAGGUUGGACCGCUGGCAGUGGCGCGUGAGAAAUUGCACGUCGGCGCCCUUUUUUUACCCAACGGUGAACGGAAGUGAUUCGGCGUAGGUGGGAAUUGAGGUUUUUUUUUGUAUUCGUGGCUUUGGUGGCCUCGUACAGUAUUUACUGUGUAAUUAUGAAAACCACUGCACGGUUGAAUGAUCACAUUCGCAAUAACUGCCUUCUGAUAAUGCCCUCUACGUUCGUGUUGGCCAAAUUUAGGUGGCCGCAGAGAGCUAUUGCCUGUACCGCACACAUUGAUUAUUGUUUUUAUAUACAUAUAAAACAGGUCGACGAAAAUGAAUGAAUGGAGCAAAAUACAAUUCCGUCCCUCCCAUUUUGGCAAUGAUCCCCAUCAGCUGGAAAAUGACGCCCAUUAAUUCCUCAGCACGACUUAUGGGUUCGUUUUCAUUUAGCUGGCGGGGGUGUUAUUGCGUCCAAAAAAUACAUUAAGCUGUGCCUUUUUUUUUUUUGGGGGGUCCUGAGCUCUGCCGGAUGAAGAUGGGAUCGGUGCGCCACAAAACGGCCGUCACGUGCGACGCAGCAAAAGGGCAGCUGGCCCGUGCCCUGCUGAUAAAUCUUAGCCGGAGCGAAUCCAGUACGACAUUGACAACCGUGUUGGCGCUAAACAUUACCAAUUUAACCAGGAAAGCCACACCGACACUCUUGCCAGGAUAGGCUUUGAUUAGGAUGUUCUGACCGACCCACAAAUUGAAUUGUUUUAGUUAUUUUUUUUGCUGUGGGAGGAAAGUGGAGAAUUCUGCGGAAACUCGUGCAGAACGUGGGGGACAACACGCCCCCUCCCCCUCCCAUCGGGAAUCGAACCCUGGCUCGACUUGCUGCGAGGCGCUACCACUACGCCAUCCUGGCGGCCCAACCAAAGCUAUGGCGUUCUCCGCACGUGGCGCUUUGCCCGAGGCGCUUUGCCCGAGGUGUCGUAUUUUAAACUUGGUGAAUUAUUUUCCGACCUUAAUGGUGGUGCUGUUUGUUUUUUGCUAGUGCACCCUACUUAAUAGUUUUGUUGGUGCACCUUACUUAGUUAAUGUGCUGCACGACAUCGGCUAUACCCAUGGCUGCCGAGUGCCUUCAAAUCAUCAUCAUCAUCAUGCCACUAACCGCGUAUAUAGGAUUGCACCAAAGGUUUUUACAUGCUGUUCGUAUUCAUUAAAAAUGGCUUGUGAUUUAAAGUAUCCUGCCAGGAAUGGAAAUUUAAGGUUUUAAUUUAUAUAGAAGAUAAUCCCUACCCAAAGAGUGCUACAUGCAGAUGAGGCUUAUUCAAUAAUUGCCUUAAUUCUUCGCGCGAUAAUCUGCAUAAGUUGCGAGGUGUGCGCAUGUUCGGUUCUUACCCAAUGCAUUAUGCACCGGUGGCAAUUAGAAUCUGAAACUGGCCUGAUCCACCACCGGGUUUAACUCGGCCCAAAAUAACGAGUGGCUGGUGCAGCGGUCCCGAUCUAAUUGGCGCUGGGGAGGUGCGAGGGGGGGGGGGGGUGCCGCUCUUCGCCAUCGGUUGCCGUCUUCCGCCCGCCGAGACGACCGUCCUGGCGGCGGCUGCUGCUGCUCGCUCACGGACGGCUGCGGCGCCGUGUGUAGUCCGGGGGAGGGGAGGGGGAGUUACACCAAUGCGCCGCACCCGACGUUCAAGGCGUUCGACGAGGCUCGUCGUGACGCACACGUCAAAGGUCGCACGUGCGCGCGUUUUAAAUUCCAGCAGGUUUACGCGUUCGUUCGUUGUCCACGUCCGUGCGCGUGUUGUGAACGAAAGUACGGCACGGAAAAUGAGAAAUCGGUACAGACACGAGGGUUAAACACGCAUGGCGGGGGAUGGGGGGGUGGGCGGAGAGCGUUUAAACACUUGCACCCGCCCACCACGAUAAGCUACCAGGAUAACCAUGCACGCGCAGUGUAUUUGUCAUUGUCUUAUAACGACGUCUGUAAGAAUGCAUCGCUUAACAACUCGUCGUUCGCAUUGGUGUUAGCCAGUUGUCGCGCGCAGGCUUUCGCGACCAAUAUCAUCCGUAAUACAGGUUUUUAUUUUGUUUACGGGUUGGAUCGCGUAAAUAUGAAUGUGUCCGUUAAACCCGACAGCCAAUUAAUAAAGUUUGUCACGCAAACGGAACAUGCCAAUUCGUUAUUUAGUACAGCACAUAGGUUUUUUUGGAAAGCAAAUUUACAACAUUUACAAUGUUAGUGCGACGCUUCGCCAGUAAUUACAACCGGCAUUACUGGCGUAACGUCAGAUUGCAAACGUGGAUUUACUCUCCAACACACCGGUGUGCUGUACUAGUAACGAAUUUACACGUUCUGUUUACGUGACGAACCUCGCUGUUUGGCAGGUGUCGGGUGAUGGCGGGUUUUAACGACACAUUUACGCGAUCUUACCUAAAAAAAACAUUUUUAUUAUUAUGGAUUGGUGUUAACGUUCAACGCGUUCUUUCCCACCGAUGCGGUGAUCAUUGCAAUUCCACAGCCGUCGCUGGACGCCCAACCGCGUUUCGUGCGAGGGAACGCUCGUGCGGCGUUUGUCGUUUUCGUUUUUCUUCUUCCCACCACAGCACCUCCCGAUUUUAGCACGGUCGGCUAUGUACGGUGCCAAAGAAGUUCAACGUGCGUACGAUGGUAGCAAGGCAGGGCGUCAUGUGAAAGCACGCCGCCGUUUUCGUCUGCACGCACGCACACAUGCUAAAUAUCGCAUUUGUCUGACGAUGGAUGUUGUAUACAAACGUAAUUACGCCAAUAAAUAACCAGCUUUUUAAAUAUA